AUGACCGCAAUCUCCUGGGCUACCAAAGCCCUCAAAGAGGAAGUCAGAGGUCUGACGACAGUGCCGCCGGUGCUGCAUUGGGGUCUGAUCCACACCAAGCAGCUCAAACAGGACAUCAUUGGUCCUCUGCUGUGGAGAAGCCUCAAUGCAGCUACUGAGCUUACUGCAGGGGUCAUGGAAAAGGUUUGGAUGGGCUUUUGAUCCGUGGGGAAUGUCAAGGUGAGCACAAAGGCAAAGGUCUAUCAAAGCAGGAAGGCAUUGACCUCUUGUACAUAAUACAUGCAUUUAGUGGCUGGAGAUUGCAAGCUCUGUGGUACAGGGUGCUGCCCUCACAUCUCAGCCAGCCAGCAACUUGUUUGACUGUGGGGUAACAGUUGCUAAGCAAUGUGCACUGAGCGUCCAGGUGAUUCUGGUCGAUGCAUCAUGCUCUGUCUACACCCUGGGUGUAGACAAAGAGCCCAAGUACUGCUUGGGGGUUGACAAGGAAGGGGUGCCACUUGUGCCUAGCUCUAAGGCUUGGGCCAAGCAAACCUUCUGCAUCCCUCAAGAGCGCUUGCGGGUGGUGGAGGGAGUCAAACCAAAGGUAUCUGAGGUGGAGUAUAAGCUUGAUGCCAGCAUCAGAGCACAUACCAAAUGGAAGAGCAACAAGCUCAACAUUGCUCCAUUGAAGCCUCUUGAGGAUGUGGUGUCACAGGGACAAGAGCCCCAGCUGGCCCUCAUCCUCAAUGCCAACCUGGUGAAGACUCAUGAAGCCACCAAAGAUGUAGAAUUGGUGGAUGGCCAGCUCUUGAGCCAGGCCAGCAUUGCUGCAAUGAAGUGGGAUCUCUUGCACACUGAUGAUUUACUCCUUGGUGUACGCAUGGAUACCCAUGGAGCACAACAGGCUGCUGUGGGGACAGCACUCUGCCAGGCGGCAGUCAAGUCAGCUCUGCUGACUCGAUCAAGCUGGCGGCGGGAGAGUGCACGGACAAACUCUGGGGCUGCUGCAGGGAUUGGAUACCGGUUGGAUCACUGUGGGAAUGUUGGGCCUUACCAAAACACUGGUAAAAAGCUGACUGUAUGUAAUGGAAGGAUUGUUGUAUUGAGAUUUGAGCUGACUGUGUGUUGUCAUUACAGAAAGACCAACAAAACCAACAGGAGGUUCAAGAUGAGAUCAUUUUGGAUUACCUUGAGGGGUUGACAGCUGGAAUCUUGCCUGGACUGCAUAAGGAGCACAGGACAGUUACUAGGGAGGCAGGACUACCAUCUGUGGGAUAUUGA